AUGUCGACUACACAAGAGCCAUCCCGGAAGACAGUUGCGGUCAUUGGUUCUGGAAUGGCUGGGCUAGUCUCUGCCUUCCUGCUAGCCAACGACCGCCGCCGGAGAUAUGAGGCGGAAAUAUUUGAGAUGCAGGAUAGCCUAUCACUUGACUCUGCAUCGCAUACCCUUGCGGCCAAGGACGGUCAACGUCCGAAGCAAGACCGACUAGAUUUACCAAUGCGGGUGUUUGCGAGCGGUUACUAUGAGAAUCUGAGGCGCAUGUACGACUAUCUAAAAGUCGAGUACACGUCACCGAAGUUUAUCUACACGCUAUCAACCCUCCCCAAAGCCGACGCGAAAGUAAUCUCUCCCUACUUCGUGCAUACAUCGAAUAACCACCGGAUUCCUCCACUACGGCCCAGAGGAAGUUCGUUUGGUACAUGGAUUUUGGAGCUACUUUAUUUAACAGUAUGCUACUUUUGGUUUACUGCCUGCUGCUUUUUCGUCAGGCCUCGCCUUGAUCAUACUUUUGGGGAGGAUGAAUCGCUCCGACACUACCUGGAAAGGAUCAGACUACCACGGUACUACACCAAGAAUUACCUCCUCCCGCUGAUGUCAAGCGUGACGACAUGCUCCCAUGACGAUUUGCUCAAGUUUCCAGCGGUCGAUAUUGUGGACUACGCGAAAAGGACGUUCAGGAGGCCCCAUUUCCUUGUUGUUGGCGGCGUUCGUAAGGUCCAAGAAAAGCUCUCGGAGAAGCAAAAUGUGAAUUUUGGAACGAAAGUCACGUGCGUCCAGGAGGUCGGCAACAAAGUUCAAGUGAGUUGGAUCACGACGGAGAACGACCAAGCACACACAAAGCUGUUCGACUAUGUUAUCAUGGCCGUGACUCCUGACGUGGUCGGUUCCAUAUUUUCUCCGCUGCGAAGAGCCAUGGCCGAUAUACCUGUAGUUCCCGUGGAGUCGAUUGUGCAUUACGAUUUCACCCGGAUAUCACACUGCAGCAAUCAUUUAAAAGGGGAGUUGCGUUCUGAAUGUGCGGGCUCUUCUUUCGAUUCCCUACCAGGGCAGCCGAUUCACAUCUGUUCCAACUCAUCGGCAACAGAAUCAGUGCACGAACAUCCAUCAUCUGCCCUUAUAACGACCUUCCCUAUCGGUCCCAUAGAUCCGGAAAAGGUGGUUCAUCGGGCCAAAUUCACCCGUGUUUUACGAACGACCAAGAGCAGGCGCAUAGUUAACCGCGUCUUCGAUAUGAGCUCAUCCCGGCACAGUCCUGAGGGAAAGCAACAGAUCUGGAAGAAUGGCGACGGGAAUGUUUUUCUUGUCGGCGGGUGGUGCUGGGACGGCAUGGUCAUGCUCGAGGGCUGCGUCUUUUCAGCCAUGCGAAUGGCCUCCAGCCUGGGAGUAGAGGUACCAUGGGUGAUCGAAAGACCUCAUGCCUCAUGA